CCUGUCACUCCAAAGCUCCCCUCCUCCUCCUCCUCUUCCCCCGAUGGGAAAUUGUUGCUGCUCAUCGUCAAAAUCUCCCUCAUUGCUUUUAAAAUUGCUAGUUGACUCUUUCCCAAUUUCUUCUUUUUCCUCUUCCCUUCCUCUUUGACCGCUACGAAAUUGCUCUAGUUGACGUCCCUUUCCUCCACUAUUAAUUGCUUCAAUGGUGGUAUUAUUGACAGCCGCAUCGACAUUAAAAGGUCGCCGUCCGACUUGGCUUUCUCUCAAAACGUCUGAUCUUUCUGAAUAUUUAGGAUAUUUGUAUACUUCCAAAGAAAUAUGUAUUUCAAUGAUAAUCGUUCCGGUUAAUCCGGUUAGAAGUCCAUAAAUUAACCUUAACAAGGAAAUUAUUGGUAAAUCACUUUUCCGGAAAAUAUUAAAACUCAGAGAAAUAAAGAAGAG